UGUAUAUCAUUAAAUAUUGCCCAACAAGCUGGUACAAUGACACCAGAGGUACAUCCACAAAUGACUUGGCAAAAGUGCCAACAGGGUGGCCAUUGUGAACAGGUCCAAGGAGAGGUCGUCAUGGAUGCCAACUGGAGAUGGGUUCACAGUGCCCAAGGAACCAACUGCUACACCGGAAACCUGUGGAACGAGCAAUACUGUCCAGAUGAUGUGACCUGCGCUGCCAACUGCGCUCUAGAUGGAGCCCAGUACGAGUCCACCUACGGAGUCACCACCCAGGGUGACGCACUCCGCCUCAACUUUGUGACCCAAGGCCAAAACAAGAAUGUUGGAUCCCGUCUCUACCUGAUGGCUAACGACUCUGAUUACCAGAUGUUCCAGUUGCUCGGCCAAGAGUUCACCUUUGACGUCGAUGUAUCCAACUUGCCAUGUGGUCUCAACGGUGCCCUCUACUUGGUAUCGAUGGACUCUGAUGGAGGUAUGGCCAAGCACCCCACAAACAAGGCUGGUGCCAAGUUUGGAACUGGCUACUGUGAUGCUCAAUGCCCAAGAGAUGUCAAGUUUAUCCAAGGUCAGGCAAACUCUGAGGGAUGGACCCCAACUUCAACCAACAGUGGACUUGGAGGUCAUGGUUCGUGCUGUGCCGAGAUGGACCUUUGGGAGGCCAACAGCAUGGCUACCGCCCUCACCCCACACGCGUGUGACACCCCGGGCAACGUGAUGUGUGAUGGUGACAAGUGUGGAGGCGCCAGCUCGACCAACCGUUACUCUGGCACCUGUGACCCAGAUGGAUGUGACUUCAACCCAUACCGUAUGGGAAAUGAGACCUUCUUUGGACCAGGCCUUACCGUCGACACCAAGAAGGUUGUCACCGUUGUCACCCAGUUCAUCACCGACGAUGGUACCCCAACUGGAACCCUCACCGAGAUCCGUCGUUUCUACGUCCAGGAUGGCAAGGUGAUCCCCAACUCCCUCUCGAUCGUUGAGGAUGUCCCAGGCAAUGUGAUCAACCAAGAGUUCUGUGUCCAACAGAAGAAGGCCUUUGGCGACGUUGACUCUUUCAACCAGCACGGUGGUCUCAAGGCUAUGGGCGAGGCCAUCCAAGGUGGCAUGGUCCUCGUCAUGUCUCUCUGGGAUGACUAUGCAGUUGACAUGUUGUGGUUGGACUCUAGCUACCCAACCAAUGUCCCAGCCAACCAACCAGGUGUUGCACGUGGAGGAUGUUCUACCACCUCUGGAAGUCCAUCGUACGUCGAGAGCCAGUACCCCAACGCCUACGUUGUCUACUCCAACAUCAAGGUCGGCCCACACAACUCAACCUUCACC